UCUCUAUAGCCGCUUUGCUCGGAAGUUUUUUUCUGAAAACCCUAAAUCUCGAGCCCCUUUUCGGCGCUUCCCCUCUCCGUCGAACUCCCCCUUGAUCCUCGGCUUCUCCAAAGCACAGAACCGAAGAAAAAACCUAGCUGGUCUUUUCUUAGCUUGUGCGGAUUUUCUUCUUCUCGUCGUACUUUUUUUGCUGAUUUCUCCGGGCGUUUCGAUUUUAUUUUGGCGAUCAGAUGCCGCAUUCCUUGGUCGGAAAGAAGCACGGUGGCGACCCUUCUGAUGGGUCUUCGGGUCAGAAGCUGCAGCGCUCUAAGAUGGGAAGGAUAGAAGAUGCGGAUAAGAGGAUCAAGCGACUCAAGGGUGUGGAGAUCAGCAUUCCAAUAGUAUAUGGGACCAUCUCUUUUUGGCUUGGGAAAAAGGCAAGCGAGUUUCAGUCGCAUAAGUGGACUGUUUAUGUUCGUGGGGCAAAUAAUGAAGAUCUUAGUGUUGCAGUGAAGCGUGUAGUCUUCCAGUUGCACUCCAGCUUCAACAAUCCCACCAGAAUUGUAGAAUCAGCUCCCUUUGAACUGUCAGAGUCUGGAUGGGGAGAAUUUGAGAUAGCCAUCACACUUUUCUUCCACAAUGAUGUAUCUGAUAAACAGCUUGAUUUAUAUCACCAUCUGAAACUGUAUCCAGAUGAUGAAUCUGGACCUCAGUCACCAAAGAAACCUGUUGUUGUAGAAUCUUAUGAUGAAAUAGUAUUCCUAGAGCCUUCAGAAGCUUUCGUUGCUCGUGUUUGCAACCAUCCAGCGGUAGCUGUAACUAAGUUGCCUCCCAAUAUCAAUUUGCCAGCACUUACUGGUCCCACUGAGAAGUCAAAUGAAAAAAAGAAAGGUGACACAAAGGAUCAUCCAUUGAGUCAAUGGUUUUUGAACUUCUCGGAGGCAGAUGAAUUGACAAAACUUGCAUCUGCACGUCAACAGGUACAAUCACAUAUAAUAAAGCUCAAGAAACAGUUGAGUGCAUUAGAAGCAUCUCAAAACAGAUGAGGCAUGGAAUCAAUGUACUGAACAGUAGACCGUUGGGCAAGGUUAGAGUUAUCAUGAAGGGGAAUUUCUAGUGGCAGUUUGCUUAGUGCUGUCGUGUACUAAUUGUCCAUUUUUACAGGUCUGUAAAUUAGUGAAUCAUGAUUAUGCAAAUUGUUUUGGAGAAAAGUACUGGUAGGAAUACCUUUUCUUCUCCAAACCGUGCUUCUCCAAUUUAAGGAAUUUUUUUCUUCAAUACAUUACCAUGAGGUGUAUACCGCUGAGGCUAAGCAGCGUCUACUGUGUAAAUAUUUCUUAUACGUGCUGAUAAAAGCUGGUUGGUUUUCUCUUUUC